GAAUAUAUAUGAGAAAGAUGGUUAAUGUAAAAAACAAAUAGCAAACAUAAAUAUAUGCUAGGUAAGAGUGUGCUAUUGCCUCUUUCAGGCGAAGGUUCCCAGGAGAAAAUAAUCCUAGCAGAGGCUCUGGGAUAGCGCACCUCAUCUUCCCAAGGAGUUUUGAAGCUCCCCCAGAGGAGUCACUGAGCAAGAAGCGGGUCUUGGGAAAUAGAGGGAUAACCACGGAUGGUUACCACACUGAGCUAAAGUGUGGGCCAGAAACUGGACCCCCAGCAGGAAUAUAGUCAGAGGAAUGGGCUGCUCUGUUUUCUCCUAAGAUCACCAUGGCUCACCUCCGGCCCUUCGGAAUAGCAGAUACUUGAGGAUGAAGUAAAUGUACUCAGAUGAGGCAGGUGCAGGAAGAAAGCUGGAGAGCCAGGACUCCAUGAGUGCAUGGUCAGACAUUGUGCACAGAUAAGAGUCUGGGCUCAUCCAAGCAUUUGGCCCUCUGGUAUCUAUGCCAGCAGCUCAUGCAACAUCAUCUGCUCCCACCGUAACAUUAGUACAGCUGCCCAAUGGGCAGACAGUUCAAGUCCAUGGAGUUAUUCAGGCGGCCCAGCCAUCAGUUAUUCAGUCUCCACAAGUCCAGACAGUUCAGUCUUCCUGUAAGGACUUAAAAAGACUUUUCUCCGGAACUCAGAUUUCAACUAUUGCAGAAAGUGAAGAUUCACAGGAAUCAGUGGAUAGUGUAACUGAUUCCCAAAAACGAAGAGAGAUUCUUUCAAGGAGGCCAUCCUACAGGAAAAUUUUGAAUGACUUAUCUUCUGAUGCACCAGGAGUGCCAAGAAUUGAAGAAGAGAAGUCUGAAGAGGAGACUUCAGCACCUGCCAUCACCACUGUAACGGUGCCAACUCCGAUUUACCAAACUAGCAGUGGACAGUACAUUGCCAUUACCCAGGGAGGAGCAAUACAACUGGCUAACAAUGGUACCGAUGGGGUACAGGGCCUACAAACAUUAACCAUGACCAAUGCAGCUGCCACUCAGCCGGGUACUACCAUUCUACAGUAUGCACAGACCACUGAUGGACAGCAGAUCUUAGUGCCCAGCAACCAAGUUGUUGUUCAAGCUGCCUCUGGAGAUGUACAAACAUACCAGAUUCGCACAGCACCCACUAGCACCAUUGCCCCUGGAGUUGUUAUGGCCUCCUCCCCAGCGCUUCCUACACAGCCUGCUGAAGAAGCUGCACGAAAGAGAGAGGUUCGCCUAAUGAAGAACAGGGAAGCAGCGCGAGAAUGCCGUAGAAAGAAGAAAGAAUAUGUGAAAUGUUUAGAAAACAGAGUGGCAGUGCUUGAAAACCAAAACAAGACACUGAUUGAGGAGCUAAAAGCACUUAAGGACCUUUACUGCCACAAAUCAGAUUAAUUUGGGAUUUAAAUUUCACCUGUUACGGUGGACAAAGAACUGGCUUGGCCACAACCAGAAAGACAAAAUAAACAUUUUAUUUUCUAAACAUUUCUUUUUUUCUAUGCGCAAAACUGCCUGAAAGCAGCUACAGAAUUUCACUCAUUUGUGCUUUUGCAUUAAACUGUGAAUGUUCCUACACCUGCCUCCACUUCUCCCCUCAAGAAAUUUUCAGCACCAGGAAUCAUGAAGACACUUCUGCAUUUCAUCCCCCACCUUCCUCAAGAAGUAAUAAUUGGUUUACUUGUAAAUUGAUGGGGGAAAUGAGGAAAUGAAAAAAAAUUUUUAAUCAUUUCAAGGUUUGUGCUUAGGGACAGAAUUACCGCAGCCUCUUGAGCUGAAGUAAUGUGUGGGCCGCGUGCGUAAAGUAAGUAAGGUGCAAUGAAGAAGUGUGAUUGCCAAAUUGACAUGUUUUUUUCACAUUUUCAUUGUGAAUUAUGUAAAAUUGUUAAAAGACAUACCCUCUAAAGAAUUUUAGUAUGGUGUUGAAGAAACUAAGAAUGAAUUUGGAGUGCUUCUAUGUACAUUCUCUUCAAUAUUGAAAACUUGUCCUUAAUUCUUAAAAACUUUCUGUAUUAACUACAGCUCUUCCAUAGGGCAGUUGUUGCUUCUUAAUUCAGUUCUGUAUGUGUUCAACAUUUUUGAAUACAUUAAAAGAAGUAACCAACUGAAUGAAAAAAGCAUGGUAUUUUAAUUUUAAAUUAAAUUGAAGUAAAUAUAAGUACAAAGUUUGUUUUAGUUAGUACUAAAUUCUUAGUGAAAAGAUGCUCUUUACUCAAACCAGCCCUCUGAGCUAUAUAACAAGGUUUUUUAAUAAAUGUUUUUGUCAUCGCCUUCAAAAAUAUUUAUAUUGUCACUCAUUUACUUAAAAUUUUUUUCUAAUUAAACCGUUCCCAUUUGUAUUUACAUUAUACCACCAACAGGAAAGCCUUCAAGAUUUUAAGUAAAGCAAAGUGAUAUAUUUGUUUAUAAAAUGUUGUGUUGUAGAAAAAUACUUAUUUUAAAUCUUUUCCAUAUUAACAUACUUUAACAGAGUAUCUCUAGUGAAUUUUUUUAAUGAAGUUGUAAGGAUAUAGCUCUAAAAAGUACACUAUUAGAUGUAACAAGGAAAGUAAUUUUCUUCAGACAUGUUUGAAUGACUGCUGUACUACAAUAUUUGGAUUAUUAUUCUUGCAAAAUGUGUUUUAUUUUCUUCUAAAAAAGGAUAAUUAUGCUUUGGGUUUCCAAUAUGCUAUAUAGUUUUUGUCAUUCUAUGAGAUAACUUUUUUGACUCCUAACUAUAACAGUCUGUGUUUGUAUGUAUCAUAACAUUGUUUCCAGUACUACUUUUUAUUAAUUAUUCAUUUAAUUCCCUAAACCUGAUAAAUCUAAAAGUUAUCCUUUAAAAGAAAAAUAAGACUAAGGUGGAUUUUUAAAAUUGGAAACUGACAUAAUGUUAGAUGUAAUUUCUCAUUUGAGAAGGUUAUUUCUUUUAGAAGAGAGUCUAGAAAAUUAUUGUUUUAUGCUUUAUCAUGGGUUACUUUUUAAAGUUUACUUUAUUAAUGUGUUAAAAUAUGCAGAUGAGUGUUUAUUGGGUCAAUUUUGAAAAGUGAGGUUUUUAAUUAAUAUUUGUAAAUGGUAUAUUUUUGUUUGUAACAAACCAUUGUCUUUUUUCAAGGAUGAACAGAGUUUAUGAAGGAGCAUCAUUCUAAGAAUUGAGUGGUGUAGUAUAUUUGGACAAUACACCAGAUUCUCAAGAAGGCUUUCAAACGACUGUAAAGUUUGAUGUUUAUCCUGCUGAGCUAAUGGGGAAAGUUAUAGCAUAAAAUUUAUUUGUAUACUAGCACAGAGAUGUCAUUUCCCAAAACUGGUUUAACAGAAACCAAGCAAAAUCAUAAAUCUGUUCACCAACUAGAAUUAUUUCAUAAUGAGUCAAAAUGUCAAAGUGGACAUUUUGAAUGUCAUAGCUUUAUAAAUAAAAAUUACCUAGUAUUUAGCAAGUUGUAAACUAAAGUUAAACAAUUUUCAAAAGUUGGGGCUUUCUAUUUAAUUAGAAAUUUGGUGGUCCUCAGUCCCUGAUAAAUCAAGGCAAUCACUUCCAUAUUAGCUGGUUGGAUUUGUAAAUUUUAAAGACUGGGUCCUUUGUACCUCGAGGAUGAUUGCACUGGUUUGAAGUCAGUAACUUAAUGGUGAGGUAACAAAUGUAUUCUGUUGCUAAAUCUGUUUUAGACCCUCGGAGAGACUUGAAGAUUUCAGUUUAUAUAGAUAGAAAGCAAGUCUUUUGUGCAGACUUUGUUUUACACAAGAAUUGGGGGACAGGUGUUAGUUUUUAAGCAUGCAACUUUGAGAAUUUUUAUUAAUAAAAUGACAUAAUAAAAAAAAAUCUUGUAGCCAACACAUAUGUGGCCACAUUACUAGUAAUAAUUGUUUUUUUGCUCUUCAUAUUGGCCAAAAGGGAAUGGAACUGUCAUCAUAGGAAUCUGUACAUAUGCUACUGAUUUGCCUAGAUAAUAGUUUGGUAUCACUUUACAAAUAUAGGGCCAUGUGGCACUUUUAUCUAUAGGACAGAUUAAUAAAAAUAAAGAGGGAGGGGUUUAUUUUUGAUAUUACUCUUAUUAGUUUUCAAGCUUUGAUAGUGUUUAACUGAAAAAUGGUUUAGAAAGGGCUAGAUCCAAUGUGUUCACAUUAUUAAAAAAUUGAUAUCGAUAUAAUUUUAAGUUCAUUCUUUUUCCAACUCAAGUACCAUAUUGGCAACCAUAAUACUGUCAUGGGUGCUCUGUUCAUUUAGAUAUUCUUGGGGGGAAUGGCAUUUGUAUAAUAUACGUGUACAUAUAUAUAUAUAUACAUACAGUAUAUAAUCUGAAGCUCUGAGAGCUCUUAAGUCAGGAAUGCUGAGUAUUAUAGUAUAUUGAGGUCAGAUGAAAUUUUACAUUUUUGCGUGUUCUAUUGCAUACCUUUUGGUAGUUUCUUGGACUGCAUUACUCCAGCACUCAUGAUUGAUUUUUGUCUUCUAAUUUUCUUCCAAGUGUUUUUUUUUUUCUUAUUGUUAAUUUUCUUUGGCUUGAUAUUUUAAAUAUGUUACUAGUCACUUGAAAACUCCCCUCCACCCCCAAAGUAUUUGGAUUUUAUGCUUUGUCUCUGGCAGCUAUAACAGUGGUAAGAACAUUUUAAAGAUAGCCUCUAAAGGGUACCACUGGUAUUUCAGAAGUCAUCCUGGGGGAGGAAUUUUGGUAUUUUCAUUUGAGCAGGGAUUUUGUCAGAAAAUGUGUUUUGAUGAUAGGUCAGCAGCAGUGCUAGUAUCUGAAAGCACAAUACCAGCCAGGCAGGCUGUCCAAUCCGAAGUCCUGUGUCUCUCAAGCCUAAUCCCUACUAUCAUUUUGACCAUUCGGGUGACAUGUGGAAUCAUACAAAGGCUUAGGAAGAAACAAGUUUGUUUAAACCAGGAUGCUUUUACUUACUUGAAGUGACUUCAAUCUAGAUUUCUUCUUUUCAUUUUUAAUAUUUUUUAAAUUCUGUGAUCAGCUACAGUCAGCAUACAUUUGUCUCUUUAUUUUGAAGAUCAAAAAGUUUGCUUCAUUUUGCAGGAUUAAAUAAAGCUCAUACUUCAAAGUUAAGAUUUUGAAUUAAAGUGUGUUAGAAAUAGUGGUUAUAUACCUUUUCAGUUAUUUUCAAGAGGCUUUAUUGUAUUGCCUUUGUAGCCCUGAAAACUGUUGGUAUAUUGCUUCCCAUUGACUUAAUACAAAAAUUGUAUAUUUGUUUGGAUUAUAUUUACAUUAUAUUCUUUGUAAAUGUUUGGUGUAACUUGCACUUUUAAAAAUGACCCGGUUUGGGCAUUAGCAACUUGAGAAAUUCCCUCAUCAAUUAAUUGUCAACUGACUUUUUAUGUCUUUCUCCUUUCUUCAAAUAUUGGGACUUUUUAAAAUGAAAACUUCUCAUUGAUUAAAAUAUGUUAGCACCUAUCAGCUAGCCUUAUAGUUGUAAAAGAAAUCAGGCAAUUAGAUUCGACUAGUCCCAUUAAUUAGAAGAUGGGUCCUAACCCUUAUUCUUUUUCAUCAUGGAUAAAGAUAGAAAGAAAAGCAACUGAAGUGAAUAAAUAUUUCCAAUUUUAAAUGAGACUUUUAUCCUCACCCCAACAUUAAUACUGUCUAUAGAAAGCCAAGAUGUCCAUGGAUUUGUCCAGAAUGGUAAAAUAAUUUUCAAGACAGUUGAUUAUUGUCAUAAUGGAAACCACAUAUAAUCAUUUGACUAAAUAUAUUUCACUGAAAAUUGGCCUUGUUGACAUCAAAUAGAUGCUGCCUAAAUUUGACUGAUUUCAGAUGAGGAGGGAGAAAGUGAAAUGUGCUUAUUAGUAAGCCUGUUGGUGAAAAGUUGUGGGAUAAACUUGCUCACUCAGUUGUACAAAGCACAACUAGAACUUUUGAGUGGCUUACAUACAUCUUGAAUACUUUUAAUGUUAAUAUGUUGACUUUUUUAAGUUAACUGCACAGUCACUGUAUGUACUAGGAACUGGUUUCCUUAACUAUAGAAUCAAUGGCUAAGAGAGGCACUAAUCCCUGCGGGGUUGAACAUAUCAUGAAGCUGAGUCAGUAUGGAAGAAUUUCAAAUAAAUCAAACAGGGUGCUGAAGUUCCAUCUGUCUCUCAUGCUUAUGAUAAGUUCUUACUGAUUAGUGAAUGUAGCUUAAGCCUUUGUAUGCGUCCUCAGGGGCAGACAAACUUUAAGAGGGACCAGAUAAUGUUUGAAUGGAGGGAUUAUAUUUCAGGUGUUUUAGCUUGAAAUUUAUUUUUUAAAAAAAAAAUAAAAAUAGAAAAAAAAAAAUAGAACAAAGCCUGUGAAGCAAAAUUGAUAUUAUCAAACAGGCAGAGUUGUUUAGCACAGAGAAAAUACUGACCUGUCUGCAUUCUGGUACUGUGGGUGCAGGUCCUAGCUUGGUAUAUCAUGAUACAUUUUAAAUUCUCACCAGCAAGAAAAAGGAAAAUGAACAGAAUUCAGAAAAUGUCUUUGAAAAGGGUCAAAUAGGAAAUUCAAAUUUUACCUACUUUAUACAGGCAUUAUUUAAUACUUGCCUAUGGAAGUAUAGCAUUUCCAAGCUUCUGUCUGAGGAGCAUCUCAGAUAUGAAAGUAAAUCUGAGAUAGCUGAAAUUUCGUAGGGAAGGAAGAAAAUCCCUGCAGAUAUGAUCUUAGGUUAGUUGGCCAAGUGAAAUGAUCUAGCAUUGUGUUUGGGAGGUUUAUUUUCUUAUGUUUUUAAAAUUGAAUUGGUAAAUGCUUUAUAGACGUAUUUUUAUCCAGGUGCCACUCCAAUUUGUGUAUGUAAUAAAAUUAUUUAUAUUAAAAGUGGGAAAUAAUUUGUCAACAUUUUUCUGUAAGUAUAGAUUAUUAGGGGUGGCAAAGAAGAGUGCUAGUUAGCAGUUUUCCAUGUAAAGUUGUUCCUGACUGAUUUGUCCACAUGUCAGUUGUCAUCCCCACCCCAAAAAGGAAUAUUCCUAACCUAGAUGUACCACUUGAAACUUUUUACAAACAAUAUAAUCAGGGAAGUUUCUAGAGAGAACGGUGUUUGCUUUUUUGGUUUUCCCUUGAGGAUUGGGGUUACAAAUACCUCCCCCCAAAAUUAUCAGCACAAAACAGGGUAUUGAUUUUCAACUCUGAUGUUGCUAUUGGAGUUGAAUACUAAAUAAAUAAAUAUAAUGAGGAAAAUACAUUUCUAAUAAAAUUUCCUACAUUCUAGAAACAUCCCUGUUUUAAUUUUUUUACUUAAAUCUUUUUGUGCUUUAUCUGUGUAAAGAAAAAAUGUACUGAGUUAUAAAGCAUUUUAUUAACACUAUGUACAUAUUAGCUGCUUUGUGUUCAGAAUGGUAGCAUUGCUUUGUAUAUUAAAAUGGUCCUUGUGAAUUUGUGAAAUAUUGUCAUAAAGUGCUUUUUCUUACUGUAAUCUUUGUGGUAAAAACUGUCAUAAUGCCCUUUUACACACAUUUAUGUGCAGUCACAUAAACAUGCUUUUAAAAACUCUAAGUCUCUUUUUUGGGGAUGGGAUUUCUGUAUCUUGGUUUUUGCUAGUAGUGUUAAUCUCUAUUUUCUUGGACUUAACGUUUAUUACUUUUGUUAAAUGAGCAAAAGUUCUGUUAGAAUAUAUCACAAGCUUGUGUUGCAUAGCAACAGGAAACUAAUUUAAGCAACAAGAACAUAUCUUCAGUUAAUUUUACUGUCUUCCUCAUUUUUGCAUAAGAUUUCUUUGUUCAGUAAGACUGAACAGUGCCUAUUUGAAGACUUGGAGAUGUUACUGCUCUGUUGAGAACUGGUGGGAGACAUGACCAGCUAUCUCUAGUGUCAUAAAAUGCAUGUUUGCAUUGAAAGAACAAUAAGUCUUGAUAACUUCUCAGGUCCCCUUAUAAUGCUGAAGUUCUGUGAUCAUAUCAAAGGAGGGAAUGUGAUUAAUCUGCUUUGCUUAAAGCAUAAGAAUAAAAGACUAUUUACCAUUGAUUCCGUUUCUGAAAAUAGCAGUUGCAUUUAUUCUUAAGUACUUUAAAUUGUCAUGAUGUGUUUAUGAAGUCUGUUAACACCUGCCAUUGUAUUAAAGGAAUUAUCUGACCUACAUUCUUUCUUUUAUACGAAGAGUGGCCACAUAAUUUGUUAUACAGACAUUUUUGAGAGUGAAAAGGUGAUGUUAAUAGGGACAAUGGGCAGAUUGCCGCACUUGUCCAGCCACAUUCAGGUGCGUGAUGGAGCACCAGUAACAAGCAGUGCCUUCUAGUCACACGGCCUUUGCUGUCACUUGCUCAUUUACAAUUUUAGCCCUGGGCUCCAGGCUCAUAUUUGUCAUCUCCACUCAGAUUGUAAAACACAUGGCCAAAACAAAACUUAAUUUCUCUAUAUCUGUACUUCCUUCAGCUGUUUUUGUUUGUUUUAAUUUUUCCAUAGAUGAUGCCACUAUCUACUACACUGCUUAAGCCAAAAACCCAGAAAAGCACUGCCUUGGUCAGUGUUACCUUCAUCUCAUUGUGCAUCUUUAAUUUUUCCACAUCUUUCU